AUGCUCAGACCUGCCUUCAGAAUCAACACUCGCUUAGUGUCUCGCGCUUUCCAGCCACUCAGACAGUCCGUGAGACCUUAUGCUCUCUCAACCAACGAAAUCAACCUCAUUUCUAAACAUGUCGACGAAAUCGAUCCAGAAAUGAACGAGAUCCUCAAGAAUGAAAAGCAAAGACAAAAGGAUUCCAUUACCUUGAUCCCAUCCGAAAAUUUCACCUCUCAAGCCGUUAUGGAUCUCUUGGGUUCUCCAAUGCAAAACAAAUAUUCCGAAGGUUAUCCAGGUGAGCGUUACUAUGGUGGUAAUCAGUGGAUCGAUGCUGCUGAAUCACUUUGUCAAAAGAGAGCUUUGGAAGCCUUUAACCUUGACCCAGCUUUAUGGGGUGCCAAUGUCCAAUCACUUUCUGGUUCUCCAGCUAACCUCCAAGCUUAUUCUGCCGUCCUCAAUGUCGGUGACAGAUUGAUGGGUCUUGAUCUUCCACACGGUGGUCACUUGUCCCACGGGUACCAAACCAACACCACCAAGAUCUCUUAUGUUUCUAAAUACUUCCAAACCAUGCCAUACCGUUUGGAUGAAAAGACCGGGGUCAUUGAUUACGACCAACUCGAAAAGUCCGCCGAACUUUUCCGCCCAAAGAUCAUUGUUGCCGGGGCUUCUGCUUACUCUAGAGUCAUUGAUUACGAACGUAUUAGAAAGAUUGCCGAUAAGGUCAACGCCUACGUGCUUUCUGAUAUGGCCCACAUUUCCGGGCUUAUUUCUGCCGGAGUCACUGCUUCUCCAUUCCCAUACUCUGAUAUCGUCACCACCACUACCCAUAAAUCUUUGCGUGGUCCAAGAGGUGCUAUCAUCUUUUUUAGAAAAGGGCUUAGAAAGGUCACCAAGAAGGGUAAGGAAAUUCACUACGACUUGGAAAAAAAGAUCAACUUCUCAGUUUUCCCAGCUCACCAAGGGGGUCCACACAACCAUACCAUCUCUGCUCUUGCUGUGGCUCUUAAACAAACUCAAGCUCCAGAAUUCAAAGACUACCAAAAGAAGGUUGUUGCUAACGCCAGCGCUUUCGCCGAUGCUUUACUUUCCAAGAACUUGAACCUCGUUUCUGGGGGUACCGACAACCACUUGAUCUUGAUUGAUUUGCGUAGUCGUAACAUUGACGGUGCCAGAGUCGAAGCCGUUUUGGAACGUAUCAACAUUGCCGCCAACAAAAAUACCGUUCCUGGUGACAAAUCUGCGUUGUUCCCAUCCGGUUUGAGAGUUGGUACUCCAGCCAUGACCACCAGAGGGUUCGAAACCGGGGAAUUCGAAAAGGUUGCCGACUACAUUGACCAAGCUGUCAAGAUUGCUAUCGACCUCAAGGCCGAAGUUCAAGGUGACUCUCCAAAACUGUUGUUGGCUAACUUCAAGACGGCUGCCGAUGAAAGUGCCAAGGUCAAACAAUUGGCUGAAGAUGUCAAGCAAUGGGCUAACCAAUACCCAUUGCCAGGUGAAUUUUAA